AUGGCAAUCAGGCAGCUGGGAGAUUUAUGCCGUGAUUUGAAUGGGAUUGCUGGGGAACUGAACAAUGCCGCACUUGUUGACAAUCUUCGACUCAUUCGACGACGUAUCGAGAAUGUAUCGAAAAAAGCAGAGCAAAGUCCUUACUGGCGUGGACAAAAACCGUCGCUGGUGGCUGUUUCAAAGACGAAAUCUUCCUCGCUCAUUCAGUGUUGCUACGAUGCAGGACAAAUGAAAUUUGGUGAGAAUUAUAUUCAAGAACUUGUGGAUAAAGCAGAAGCGCUAAAAUCAAAAUGUCCGAACAUACGAUGGCACUUUAUUGGUACAGUUCAGUCAAAUAAGAUUGCUAAGCUGGCCGAAAUUGAUACCUUGAGUUGUGUGGAGACGAUCUGCAACAAGAAACAUGCCUCUAUGCUGGAAAAAGAGGUUGCAAAGCAUAAUCGGAAAUUGAAAGUUCUGGUACAAGUUAAUACGAGCAAAGAAAAGCAAAAGGGAGGAACAACGCCUGAAAUGGCGAUAGAAUUAGCUGAGUUUAUUCGGAUACACUGUCCUUCGCUGAAGUUCGGUGGUUUUAUGACAAUUGGUUCUUUUGCUCACAGUGUAUCGGAAACUCCCAACAGAGAUUUUAUACAACUUUUCGAAGUACGAAAAAGGUUUUGCGAACUCACACAAGAAAAUGAGAGAGAUUUUGCACUUUCAAUGGGAAUGUCAGAUGAUUUUGAAGCGGCAAUAAUGUUGGGUAGUACGUCGGUGCGUGUUGGUAGUGCUAUAUUUGGUCAUCGCUUACUUAAAACAGAGCAGUGUAAAUGA